AUGUCAAAAUCCUAUCAGGAAGCACUCCGACUCCUCACCUCCCGCUCCAGGGCCUUCAGGAAAGUCAUCACCGAUGCCGGCGGCAAACCUCGCCCACCUCGCGGGAACGAUGUUGGCAUGCGAGAAUGGCUGACGGCACUUGGCCACGACCGAACAAAGACCCCUUUUGACGUGAUACACGUCACGGGCACCAAGGGCAAGGGUGGCACCUGCGCAUGGACCGAUGCCCUCCUCCGGGCGCAUCUCAAGUCCCGCGCGGCAGGACCGCGAGCGGCGGUGGGCUCCCAGCAACAGCAGCAGCAGCAGAAGCUCAAGGUCGGCCUCUACACUUCGCCGCACAUUGUCUCGGAGCGUGAGCGGAUACGCAUUGACUUUGCGCCCGUGUCCGAGGACACGUUUGCGCGGCACUUUUUCGAUGUUUGGAACGCGCUGCUGAACCACGUCGGCGGCGGCGUGGACGACAUGCCGGGCUACCUGCAGCUGCUGGCACUGCUGUCUGUUCAAAUAUUCCGCAAUGAAGGGGUGGCGGUGGCAAUAUACGAGGUUCACGCCGGCGGCCGCUUCGACGCGACCAGUCUGUGGGACCGCCCCGUCGCCUGCGGCUUCAACACCAUCGGCCUUGAUCACGUCGGCCUCCUGGGUAACAACGUGUCCGAGAUUGCAUGGAACAAGGCCGGCAUUAUGAGGAAGGGUACUACCGCUAUAUCGGUUCCACAAAUUCCCGAAGCUAGGGAACAGCUCGAGGCCGAGGCAAAACUGCUCAAUUGCCCUCUGACAUUUAUCGAUCAGGCGGAUGAGCAAACCAUACCUUCAGAGGCCGGCCAAAUCAGAUCCGAGCUUCUACUCCCUGGGCCCCGUUACAACCUCGCGCUGGCGACCAGGCUGGCAAACACUUAUCUGGAGGCAAGACUAGGCUCCAAGCUUGGCAAGGAGGACAUUUUGCAGGCUAUACAUGACUACCAAUGGCCAGGUCGCUUUCAGGUCGUUCAAGUGCCGGGCCAACAAAUUCGUUGGUACUUGGACCUGGCUCACAACGACUUGAGUCUCCCGGUGGCCUUGAAUUGGUUCUUCACCGAAGCCAGCAAGUUUGACAAGGCUCAACCAGGCCAGAGCUCACAGUCUGCCGCUACUUCAAAGGUCGAUAUUUCCUCGCAGUCGGUACCCAGGACUAAAGUGCUCAUCUUCGGUCAUCAAUCUCAUUUCCGCGAGACCGCUCCCAUGGCUGAAACCGUGGUCCGCCAUUGCAAUGCUCACGGUCUCGAUUUUGACCAUGUGAUCCUGGCCAGCCACUCACAUCGUGUAUCGGGCAAGCAGGUAUUUGGUUACGACUCGGCACUUGAAAUCAUGGAGAUCUGGAAAGGCAUGGCGGGCUCGCCAGAGGUCACAUGGUCUGCUUCCAUUGCUGAAGCCAUAGAAACGGCAAACCAAAUCGGACCGCGGGUACCAGGGGAAGCUGUUGGUGCGCAUUGCUUGAUUGUCGGCUCGUCGCAUCUUAUCUCUUCUGCCAUUUCUGCCAUGCCAAGCCCUCGUCCUUCAGAUUGAGCAGUUGGCCUGAGCUGCGUAAACUGCAACAAUCCGCUCUGACAAGCUCAAACCUGAAUCCAGUCCGCCCGACCACCUGAACUCGAGAGCUACAUCGAAAAGGAGUGUACACUCUCCCAUGCGACGUAAAGCUAGUCGAUUGGCUAUGAUGACCCACAUUUCUCUGGUUCAUGAUGCUGUAUGUGUCGGUAGCGAUUCAGCUGUGGUAUGCGAGCCAGGUAUAGGCGUGCUUAACUGCGAAGCUAGCAUGCCUCGUUGUCAUACUAGCACCCAACUAACCAUUGGAUCCGCUCGAUUGGAUUGCAAGUCACCAAGGGACCCCAUGGAGAACACACUCUAACUAGACUAUAGGUAGUUCUGCAUGUUCGGAAAAGGCCGAUCGACCCAUAUUAGCCCGAUGUCUGGCUGACCCAGCGGGAGAACUAACCUCAAAAACUCCCACGUG